AUGGAUGGUGUUCUUGUUAUGAAUGAGGUGAUGGAUCUAGCUAAAAGAGAGAAAAGGAGUUGUGUGGUUUUGAAAGUCGAUUUUGAGAAGGCCUACGAUAGAGUGAGUUGGAAUUUUUUUAGACAUAUAUUAAAGAGGAUGGGGUUUGGAGAUCGGUGGAUGAGGUGGACGGAGUGUUGUAUCUUUACUAAUUCUUUGUCCGUUCUUGUUAAUGGGAGUACUACCAAAGAUUUUAGAGUGGAGAAAGGCCUUAGACAAGGUGAUCCCUUGUCUCCGUUUGUGUUCGUUUUAGUCAUGGAGGUUCUAAUGGAACUUAUGAAAAGAUCUAAGGAGAUAGGGGAAUUUCGUGGUUUUAGAUACAAAGAGAAUAAGGAGGUGGACUUGUUACAAUUUACGGAUGGUACUAUUAUUUUGGCCGAAGGAGAUACCGCAAACUUAUGGAGUAUGAAAGCUAUUCUAAGAUGUUUUGAAAUGAUGUCGAGAUUAAGAGUUAAUUUUCACAAGAUUAAUCUUUAUGGUAUUAAUGUGGGAGAUUGGUAUUUGGAAGCGGCUUCGUCCUUCUUAACUUGCAAAGUGGGAACUCUCCCGUUCAAAUUUCUUGGUGUGAGAGUCGGAGAUAGCCCUAGGAAACUAUCGAUGUGGAAGGAUCUUUUAGCGAUGUUUAGAAAACGGUUAAAUGUGUGGAGAGGGAGAUAUCUUAGCAUGGCGGGUAGAGUGGAGUUGAUUAAUUCGGUUCUCAAUGCAAUCCCGAUUUUUUCGUUAUCUUUUUACAAAGCUCCUAAGAAGGUGUUGCAAGAUAUUAAAUACAUCCAAAGUAAGUUCCUAUGGGGCGGUGUUGAUAUUGACAAACCUAUCCAUUGGGUUAUUUGGGAUACGGUUUGUAAAUCGCGAAAGGAAGGAGGUUUGGGUGUGAGAAACGUGGAGAUAAUGAAUGUAGCUUUACUAAGUGAUCGUACCUGA